GGAUCCAAGCGUGAGUCUCUGAGGGGGAUGAUUUCAGGAAGGUCUCGACGAUCAGCCGAGUCUUCCUGGGAUCCUACGCCUGAGUCUUCGCCCCAUCAUUCUCCAUUACCCUCAGACUCUGACUCGGAUAACGAGGAAAGAAUGGAAAACUGGGGUCCUUCGAGACCCCUUAGCAUAUCCGUUCCUGGAAAUCAGCAUUCGCGCCCAACAUUAGACGAUGUUCUGGCCGACCGGGCGCCUCCGCCUUACACGCUUAGCGCAUUCACAGCAUACCUCUCUCAGAACCACUGCCUGGAAACGUUAGAAUUCACAAAGGACGCCGAGCGCUAUAGAACAUACUAUCAUCGACCCGAGCGAAACGACACCGCCGAAACGCAUGCCCAGAGACUUCGAGUAUACUGGAACCGGAUAAUAAAUGCGUACAUCGUCCCCGGAGCUCCUCGAGAGAUAAAUCUUCCAAGCACAGUUAGAGACGGCUUACUCAGUCACUCCCAUUCACCGAGACCCCCAAACCCCGACGUGCUCCAGGGAGCCGUUCGCCGAAUGCGCGACCUGAUGGACGAAUCGAUAUUUCUGCCCUUUCUUAACAGCCGCUCUGUUUCACAACCACCCCCACGCGCAUCGUACCAGCAGUAUCCGCCGAACGCACCUAUGGAGGAGGCACGCGUCAGCCGUCACAUCUCGAUGCGAAGGCACAUCUCGCCGGAAACCUCGCUUGCCGUGCCUCGUUCAACAGGCUACUCGUCGCAUCCCACAUCCGGCUCCAACACCAGUUCGACAAGCAGUUCAGCAUACCGAUCUUCGCCCCAGGGGUACACAAGCGGUGAUUCGGGCUCAGGCAGCCUCACAGACGAUUCGGGCAGCCUUCCAUCGAGUCCCGGCGCUGGAGCACCGAUGACCCCUCCCACGACGCCCCCCGGCAGCAACAUGCAUAGUCCUAGGGCGCGGUCGGAUAAAGGCUGGAAGAAGAUGGGGAUGAAACUUGGCUGGAAGAAGUAAGAAAGAAAUUGAGCGUGAUGGAGAGGGGCAAUCGCAGGAUGAAGACAAGGGUCGAUGCCAUGCUGCUCACUCGCGGAGCUGAGUUCGCUCUUGGCCCCCUCCCUGUCCGCGCUUGAUGCUGUCUAACUGGCGCCCCGCAUCAACGACCAACACCUCACAUCACAACACCGUCAGUCAUCACCACUUUUGUUCCCAUCACCUCGCUUGCCGUCUCUUUUCUUCUCUCACAUCUUCUCUCACGGCGGCGUACCUCCUCACCUACUUUUCAACCUUUUGUCUAGAACAGCUCUGCUAUGAUUUUGUCUUGAUGAGAUGCAUGAACAUUGGGUCAUUGUGUUGCAGCUGGGAUUUUGCAUGGUUCAUAUGUUCUUCUUUUUUUUGCACUGAAAAGGCGUUUAUACCCACUUUGUUCUGACUCUUUCUUUGGUUUAAAUUCGUUCAACCGAGCAUUAAGUACUUUUUUUUUAUCCUCGCAAAUUUUUAUGGUUCCCGAGUCGGGGACCAAACUGGGAGAGUUUAGAGGAAAAAGUCUCCGUCCGACCGGGUUUUCUGCAUUGGAAAGCGACUCUUGACGGACGUGAACGUCAUGUCGAAAACCAAAAUUCGCAUUUGGGCUCCUUCGUCACUCUCCUCUUUGCUGUCGUGGAGCAACCCAAUAUUCUUUCGCUUUUUACCUCAUUUUUUCCUUUGGAUGACUGGGCAAUCCACACUGCCACUAUAGAGCUGAUGAAGGCGUAUCUUCUUAGUCGGUUGCGUGUCUGACCUAUGGCUACUGGUGCCUACAUAUGUACAGUACCCAUCUUUUCUACUCUACUCGGCAUUGCAUCCAUGUAUAUCUAUUGUCUAAUGAGCAUCAAUAUAUACAUGAAUAUUUUACUCAAAGA